GUCCCGGGGGCGGGGCUUUCCAGCCUCCAAGCCCUGCCCUGUGAUUCAUUCCGCCGACUGCGCUGCGGCCUCUCUUUGUGCUGCUUCGAGGCGGUCGCGCCUGGAGUAGCCCUCCCCACCCUUGCGGGCCACUGGGGAUCGCCCCUUGGAGCAGGAUCGACGUCCGGAGGCAGCAGUUACGGGGGACGCGCCGUGAUUGGUGGCUAAGUAAGAGGUGCUUUCCAGCGAUUGUGGAAGUCCGGAGCCCUGACCGGGUUCGUUUCGUCUCUUCCUGGAAAGUGAGCGAUCUGAUCUGUGUUUCCUGCCUCCGGAAAUCUGUUCCGUGCCUCUGCUUUCCAGUUCAAAGCGAAGCAAAGAAGCGGGGAUCCUUUUGUCUCUUUGACCUUUGCUCCUCCUUUCUCGCCUCCCCCGCACAGUGCUCACCAGACCCCUUGGGGGCUUUUGCCACACGCCCCCCCUCCCCCACACCCAUCCCGUUCCCGAGCCGUCUCUUCCUUUUUGCUCCCUCGGAAAGGCAGAAUGCUGGAGGGAAAGCCUCUCCUACUGACAGCUUCCAAGCGCAUCUGAGAAAGGCAGACGGAAAGAGGGACCCUCGGCUCCAGAAAGGGAGAAAUGAACCCUUUUCAGCAGGGAAUAUUGUUGCUGCUCUUCCUCUUCCUGGAGUAUUCAGAGGCCAAAAAGCAAUGCUGGUACUUUGAAGGGGUGUAUCCUACAUAUUAUAUAUGUCGUUCCUAUGAAGAUUGUUGUGGUUCAAGAUGCUGUGUGAGGACUUUGUCGAUCCAGCGACUAUGGUAUUUUUGGUUUCUUCUGAUGAUGGGCGUUCUAUUUUGUUGUGGGGCUGGUUUCUUUAUCCGAAGACGGAUGUAUCCUCCACCAUUGGUUGAUGAAACAACUUAUAACGUGUCCUUCACUCGACCACCUAACUCCAGUACACCAGGAACCCAGCAGCCAGGAAUGGCCUAUUAUGCAGAUCCAGAAGGAACUAUGAUGAACCCCAUGGCCAUGAGUUACCAUGUCCAACCUAAGUCUCCACAAAUGAACCCAGUUUAUCCCCCUCCACCUUCUUACUGCAACACCCCACCCCCACCAUAUGAGCAGGCCGUAAAAUCUUCCACAUAGUCUCCUCAUUGCAACCAACAGGGACUUGGUCAGAAAGGAGAUGAAUCAUGAGCUGAGCUGAAGACUUGUCAGAGCUCUGCCGUCCUUUACUGUUGUUCAAGCUACAAUAAUUUGGACAAUAGUGAUGGAUUUUCAGCACAGGAUAAAACAUCUUUUGACAUAUUCAAAAUGAGAAGAAAAUCUUUGUGUGCUUUCCCCCCUUCCCAAAACCUAUAUUUAAAUUCCCUUUGCUGACCUUUUUAAUUUAUUAUCUUUGUGAUUUCAAUGCAUAAUGUAACACAUUUUUGAGGCACAGUAUCCAAACUCUGUCCACCAAUUUAGAAGUCCAGAAAGAGAUUGUAUUAUUUUCUAGACGAAAAGAGAGAAAGAGAUGGCAGUGGAUUGAAAACAUCUGAAUUAGUUGAAGCAGAUGUACUUGUUAAUAAAACUUGGAGCAAUAGAAAAAGAGUAGAUGAAGGAAACCUGGAAGAACUGUGAUACGACAUGUGGAAACCCUUUCCAUGUCAGAAUAAAAUCCCUUUGUUUCACUAGCGCCAACAUUGGAUGGAAGAAGAUUACAAAAUCUUCUAUACUGACAGUUUGUGGAAGGUGGGCUGCCAAAAAUAAGAAAAUGCAUUAUCCUUCUGGCAGCCCGGAUGUCACAGCAAACUGCUGAUUUGGUGUGGAAAGGAAGAUACUAUUGGUCAACAGUAAUUUGCCAAGUUAGGGUAACAAAAAACCUUUAAGGUCUAAAAAAUAUUGCUUAUGUAAAGAAAAAGUUUGAAGUGUUUUGUAUUGAUUCAGGGGAGCUUGGUAUAAUUCUGUUUUGGCAUAUGUUGUUUUUAUAGGUACCCCUAAUAAGCUGGGUGUGAGAGAUGCAUCUCAAACAGGAGAACUCAAUAAGGAGUCCUGGCUGGUUACAGUGGCCUGAUUAUGAACUCAGUUUUGCUUUUAUAUACAGAAUAUGAGAAUUGACCCUUAGACUAGACUUUAGUAUGCCUUUUCUGCAUUUUGUUUUCAGUUGCAUACUCUUUUUUGACAUGGUAGCCUUACUUCCAGGUGACUUUUCCCUGGUUUCCCCCCGCCCCCCCCCAUGUGCUGAGUUAUUUAUUCAGAAUGAAAAUCUUAUAGAAAUCUGAGAUUUGUCAGGUACUGAGGAGUGAUUGCAGGUUCUUCAGGAUAUGAUAAACACAUCGUGUAGAAAUUAAGGAGAUUAUAGAAACUCACAGGUAUAAAUCUCAUUGCGCCAUCAAAAGUAUGAGUCUCGGUCCUCCAUAUUUUUUGCUUGUUAGAAAUGUCCUGUAUUUGGCUGCCAUGACUGGCAUUACUGACAUCUGUGAGCUCAGCUCCUUGAUCUGUUUUUACUGAAGAAUAAAUGAAACCGUCCCAAGGUUACCAGGAUGUAUCUGAACUGGUUUUCCUUUAGUUAAGCAUCUGUAGCUAAACUGGGAAGCUAGGUAGCAGUAGAUUCUCCUCUUUUUCUCCACUCCCUAGUCUUUGACUUUUCAGUGUGUGACUGUGAUGUACAACAGGGAGAAGAGUAGUGUUCAGAGCGAGGGAGAAAACCAGAUGACACUAUGAUGUGCCUAGAUGUUUAUGUGACUGGGUACUGUAUCCAUCCAUCCAUUCAUCCACCCAUAAUAUUGGGCUUCCCAGUCUUGAAGGAAGUGGAAAGUCUUUAGGCAAUCUGUGGGAUCUGCAGGGGUACUUGAGAGGCAUCUCCAUUUCAGAGCAUGGAAACCUUUGGAGGCAGUAUUCAAACCAGACUUUGCUUUUAAUUCAUUCAGUACCUUGAAUCGGUACAUGUCACUUCUACUUAUUGUGUAUUGUUCAAAUGAAUAUAUUUUGAAAAAAGUGAGCAACUCUUUAUGCAUUCCAUUUUUAGACAUAUACCUAAACUAUUUUAAAUGUUUGUGUACAAUAUGUAAAGGAUUUGCGUCAAACUUGUAAUGCAAACAUAUAUGGGCAUUUUUUUCAAGAAGCAAGAUUGCUGGAUUGGCUUAUUCUAGCUUGCCUUCUGUAAUGUAUGAAGUUGCCCUAAGGCUAUAAUUCUUAAAGAUAGUAAGAAAGAAGUUAUUGCUAUUCAACUUCAGUGUCUUGCUUCUGAGUCAAGUGCAGUAAAUUAUUAAAUUCUAGAUCAUUUGCACUUCAUGAAUUUUAAGUUUAGUUUGAUAGCAUUUCUUGAGUAUUUAAACUGGGCUGAAAUAAAGACCCAGUUUCAUUGUUCAGUUUCAGAUGUAGUCAAACUGAUCUUUUGAACAUCUUUUGAACUACACAUCUUAGCUUAAGCCUUUAAUCUGAAAUAGCUGUUUUAUGUGCUAUUCCCUGAAUAUCUUUCUCAGUUUUAAUUACAAUGGACACCUGCUGUUCUAAGUUAGAAACUUUGGCGGGACCAAAGAUAAUAUAAUAACAUAACAUAAUACCAACUUGAGGGUAUCUGAAAACAUAGCACAGCACAACGUUCAGCCUGCGGAACCUUCAUUCAUGAUGAAAUAGAGAUAGUAGUUGAGAAGUUACAGUGAAAAUACUUGUUCCAUAGAAUUGAAUGUAUGAAAGUAACAACUACUGAAUACCUAGGAAGGUAUGAAGUCGGUGUGCAAGCCAAAAAACAAAAAAAGUUUCAGUUCAGGUCACAGUUCUUGAGAGAAAUAAUAUUGUUUUGUAUAGAUUUUCAAUAUUCUUUGAGAAAGCAACUGUUAUUGUUGCAGAGUCUUUGCUGCAGAAUAAAACUUCAAAUUCUUUCUGAAAUUCACUGGUGUAAGAAUAAGUACCAAACCACAAGCUGUCAAACGUCAUCAAUAUAAUUUGAAUUAAUGGGAACUUUAGGCAUUCUCCUGCAAAAUUAAGUCCUGAGAACGUCAAGUGGAGAAAAGAGCACACGUUGAGCCUUUUUCCUUUACCAGAUCAGCAUCCAUUCAUCAGGCUCCAGAGUUUCUCAAUGUUAAAUAAGAGUUCUCUGUUCAGGAAGCAACAACUAAAUUGAAGCUAUGAAAUGUGGUUCUAAUGUUCAGAAUCUGCAGUUGUAUAAUUUUUCAUUGUAUGCACCAUUCAUUCUAGGUUUGCUCCUGGAAUUCUAUAAGAAAUAUCAAAGUUAUAAUUACAUACAUGAUUCAAAAGAGUAACUUAGAAGGUGUAACCGCAAGACUGCUAUUUGGUUUGAGAAUUCAAGGUUAGGAAAAAAGACUAGAGACCUUACGAUAAAUACUGUGUGCACAUUAAUAAUUUUCUAUUCUACUUGAAUGAUUGUGUACUUCUAAAAUCAUUCCAAUGCUGUAUUACUUAUAGAGAAGUUUUUUAGGGAUGGAAAGAUACCAUGAAAACUAUCUUUAAUUUUCUAAAAACGUGUAGAAAGUAAUAAAACGUAGGCCGUCCUUUUGUAGAAAGUGACCCAGCUCAUAUCAUUCUAUUGUACAUGGCUAAAGGUCAGUUCAGAAGUAAAUGGUAGGCUGUUUGUUCUGACCGCAGGUAGGGAUGGGAUCUCAUGGGAAAAAAUCCCUCCACAUAGAAAUGAACAUGUCAAUAAGGUUUAAUCCCUUCUUGACAUACUUAAUUUCUCUGCAUUAAAAUGUUGAGACAGUUAGCAUUCAGUGAAAAAUAUUACAAUGCCAGAAUAGUUGAGACCAGUUCCAAAGGCUAAACAUAUGGAUAAGGUGCAACCUGAGAUAAUUUAGCUUGUUAUAAAGAACACCCUCCCUGUUGCUCCCCAGAAAUCAGUAAGCUGUGGGCAAAGACUUGCAGAACUUUACCCCAAUUAUUAAGCUGAGCAAAGCAAUUAAAAAGGACAUUUCACAAAGCACAGUGGGCAUAAGAAAAGCAUCUCUCUUUGAAGUGUUAAAGCAGCUAUGUCCUCUGGAAGGAUGACUGUGGUACCUUCAAAGGCUUUUUCUGGCUGUUGAAUAUGGGUACAUACACACUUCACUGCAUAUAGGAAAAGUUUGCAGUGGUGUGCCAACCCCUCCAGAGGAAACAUCUGCUCUAAUACUUUGAGGGUGCUUGGCUCAGGCCAAUAUACUUUGCAGAGUUAGAAUAAUGGUCAUGCAUUGUGGUAGCCAGAAAUACAGUAGUAAUGUAUUUCACUGGAGACUUACAAUCCAGGUUUACCAUAAUAUAAUUAUAUUAUGGUAAAAUAUAAUACUUAGGGUUGAAUGAAUUGAGAGGCAUAAAUCAAAUCUAUCAUGGUUUCAUACAUACUAUUUAUGCAAUUGCUGGUCCAUCAGUACAGUAAUAAGAUAGGAUCAGUCCACCUGCAUAUUCAUCAAUGGUUGGCUGUUACAUGAUGAGUUUAUUUUGGUUGCAAAUAUGUGUGAACUGCGUGAGAUAGAACUACCACAUCAUCAAAAUACAUGAAGCACAAUAACCACUAUUGAUUGAUAACAAAACUGGGCAACAUCAAAGGUUGAACUGAUUUUGGUGAGAGAGAAAGUGAUUUAUUACAGAGCUGACAUUGCUUGAAUUAUAGCCUCUCCAUUCUUUACUCCAAAACUCUACCAUUUGUCACUGUUCCUUUAGCAGAAAUUUUUAGAAGACUUAAAUCAUUCUUAAGGAUCAUACUUGAAAUUUGGGAGGAAUCUAGGGGUUGGGUUUAUGAGAGUUAAUUAAGUGCCCACCUACCUUUGCUCCAUAAUUCAAGAGCUAAUUGUAGCACAAGUUGGUCUUUGUUUUAAAACAGAUUGGUUCCGUUUGGUUUAUAAUCUGGUCAAACUUGUCUCACUGCACAAAAUGAUUGUAUAUAUUUUAAAAAAUAGCAUAGCUUCAAAGCUGCAUAAGUUAACUGAUAAAUCAGGAGUUCCUCUGUUGGUGUGUUGAAUCUAUAGUGUUAGCAGGUAGAUAUUAUUCAAAGUUUUAUACUAUUCAGCGUGUCUUGAAAACUGUUAUAUUUCCUUUUAAUAUUGGCUAGGACUCAUUUUUACAAUCAAAUCUUAUGCUGUACAUUAAAAUUUAAUGUGAAGUAUUUUUUUUUCCUGAGGUUUCUUUCUUAUGUUUUUAUUAUUGGUGGAUCAUACCACAUCUUAUAAUAAAGUUAAGCUGCUGUUCUAGUGAGAAGUUCUGGUAUGCGAUUGGAAAAGAAACAAAAACAUCAUUAAAGUUGUAGUUAUUUUAAUUCCUGCUUUGCAUGCUUUCUUCAAAUCCAUUUUGUUUUGUUCUUGUAUUUAAUAAAACUUUUUCAUAGUAUUGUUAAAGCGUUGGAGGUUAUCUUUCCUCUGUAAAUAAGUAAAAGUGAGCUGAGGGAUGCACAGCACUCUGACUGCUCAUCCAUGGUCAAGCUUACUAAUCUGAACAGCCUUACACAAAUUGUGGAGUCCUUGGGGUUCUCUGAGUUUGGUUGUUUUCUUGCAGAUGUUUCAUUACCUGGCU